UACCAAGGAUCAGGUUACGAUCUUCAUUUAUUACGCGAUGAAGAAGACGGCCAUGACAGUUGUGAUCUUCAAGAUGAUGACGUAGAUGAUCCAGAUGGCGUCGACAAGAAGAAGCAUCGUAGAAAUAGGACGACGUUCACGACAUAUCAACUACACGAAUUAGAAAGAGCUUUUGAAAAAUCACAUUAUCCCGAUGUUUAUAGUCGAGAAGAACUGGCCAUUAAAAUAAACCUACCGGAAGUUAGAGUACAGGUUUGGUUCCAAAACAGAAGAGCAAAAUGGCGACGCCAGGAGAAGUUGGAUGUCGGCAAAUGUUCUGAGACGUAUACCCUACCCACUGUUGCUAAAACCCUAUCAAACCCCUUAGGAUCUAGCCUCCCAAUGGAUCCAUGGUUAACCCCACCAAUGGUAAACGCCGUUACUCUCUCUGCUUCAUUACAAACCCCGAUCUCAACUGCGCAGGGAUUCAAUGCCUUGCCGCAAGCAUUUGCAUCACCGGCAGUGACGUCAUACUCAAGUUUCUUCCCACCAGGUUUUCCCGCCAGCUCCCAAGCCAAUGCUUUCGCUGGCGUAUUUAAUCCUUUAACGGCUAAAUCAUGUCAGAACGACCAACUUGCCGCCAAUAUGAUGAGUGUUUUUGGUCCGCUAUCUCUCAGCAAAAAUCAUGAUUCCGAUCCUCGAAAUUCCAGCAUUGCUGCUCUCAGAUUAAAAGCGCGGGAACAUCAAGGUGUUCUAAUGGAAAAGAAGUUUCAAGGUUCGUCAUGAUGACGUCAUGUAUGACGUGGAAUAGACGCUUGUAAAGUGAUACUAACUACGGUGUGUUAACACCAUUCUCAUUUGUUAUCUGUUUUUCCUGGAUCUAAAUUUUUGUUUUAAUAAAUAAAAACGAGAAUGAAACAAACAAGAAGAUAAAAUGGCCGACGUGGAUUUGUAUAAUUUAAAACAAACAGAUAUGGACUUCCGGGAAGACGUGGAAGUAAUUUUGGCAUAUUAAUCAAGGAUUGGAAGAUUUAAAACCGGGUGCUUCUUUACGACUUUCAGUUCACCCGCCAUUGCUUACUCGCUUUUGUUUACUGAUCUUGACGAGUUUUAGAUCAUGAAUGGUAUGCUCGAUUGAACGUUCCGGAAUUGAAUUCCCAUACCCCAAAAUAGUGACAAUCGUAUGAAAAUGGGAUUUGGGACUAGAACACGCAUAUCUCAACCAACCAUGAAAGCUGAAACAUGUUCAUUAGGUUUAAUUACGUCACGAUUCUACUCACACCACCUCCGUCGUCGGGACUGACAGAACUGUGACAGGACUGAAUUCCGCGUCACAAGAUUGCAAUUCUAUCAAUUCGGAACGUUGUGGACUGACAGUCGAGCACCCCCCUCCCCCUCCCCCGAAGAGUUGUCUUUCAAGGAAGGUAAUACCCUAUGACCAUUCGUUAAUAGGUAAAUAUAAAGAUUUGCGAAACCGGUAUUAUAUCGGACAAAUGUAAUUUGCAUAGAUACAGCAUACACCAAUCUGAUUAAAAUACAUAUCUAUAUUUCGUUUCGUUUUUUAUACUGUCACAGACCAACCUACACUACAUGAAGAUCUGACCAGUUGUUUUGGGAGGUCGCGUCAGAGGUCACACGAGCGCCUUUUGACCCUAUGACGUCAGACAUUUUAUUAACCAAUCCGCAUUGGUGUUUCUAGUGAAUUACUCUCAGUUCCGUACACCUCACGCCAAAAGCUCGCCGUAACAGGCCGUUUCAUUGGCUAAUCCUUCACAUCAUCCAGAACACGUCAAUGAUAACAACUCUUCCAGAUCAAAGUGUUGUAAAGACAAGUAAAACCAAAUUUUGAACUAUAAAAACGAAACGAAAUAGGAUCUGUG